UUCACAAAAAGAAUUGGAAAAAUGAGAUCAAUAUUAAAGAAGUUUUUAACUUCAAAAAUAAUAUUAAAGAAGAUUUGGCUAAUAAUCAUAGCAAUAAUCCAAAGAUGGAUUAUUAGACUUCCAAUCUUUUCAUUAAUUUUAAAAAAGAAACAAGAAGAAGUUUAUAGACGUGCAUUUGUAAACAUGAUUCUAAGAGAAUCAUCAUUUAAAGAUGACAAUAUGUUUCUGUGUAAUUUUCGUAAUGAAGAGCUGCCUAAGAGGCUCUUACGUGAGGCAAUGCCGAAGCAUGUGGCGGUAAUCUUGGAUGGGAGUCGACGAUGGGCUAAGAAAAGAGGAAUUUCUUCAAUUCAAGGAUAUGAAGCUGGGCUUGGGACUUUAUGUUUCUUUCUUGAAUUGUGUCGUAGGUGGAAGAUUCCUAUUAUCUCACUUUUUAUGUUUUCUUCUGAAAAUUGGGCACGACCAAAAGAUGAAGUGGAUUAUUUGAUGUAUGCUUUUGAAAAAGCUCUCAAGUAUUAUCUUGUAUUCACUUCUCAAAGGUAUGGAGCACGAGUUUCAGUGAUAGGAGAUAAAUCAACAUUACCAAAUUCAUUACAAGAAGCAAUUAUAAAAAUAGAGCAAGAUACAAAAGAAAACACUGAAUUUCAUAUCAUAAUAUCAAUGAGUUAUAGUGGACAAAAUGAUAUCGUUCAUGCUUGUCAAACCAUUUCUAAGAAAGUUAAGGAUGGUUUACUACAACCAGAAGCCAUAACCAAAUCUUUGUUUGAGCAACAUCUACAAACUAACGUUACAGAUGUUUCAUCUCCUGAUCUAAUCAUUCGAACAAGCGGCGAAAUUCGACUUAGCAAUUACUAUUUAUGGCAAUCUGCUUAUACAGAAUUGUAUUUUACUGAUACACUUUGGCCUGAUUUUGGAGAAGAUGAAUUUGUUAAGGCAUUACGUUCUUUUCAACAAAGAGGGAGACGCUUUGGUAAAGUAUAAGGCUAAUAAUUUGUCACUUGUAGGGUUUUGUUGGAAUGAAACCCUAAGAUAUGUGUUGAUUUUAUAUUUAAAUACUACUUUAUAAUAAUUUGUAUUACUUUUGCUAUUGUUUGAUUUACUUGCCAUCAAGCCUUAUAUAUUCAAAAAUAUAUUUGGUCUCCACUGCUUUUUGUCGACUAUUAUUGCAUGUAAUAAUAGUGAAGUUGUGCACUUUCAUUCCAUGGCUUAGAUUAAAUAUUCAAUGUGUACUCAAAUAAAUAACUUGCAAGUGUUCCAUCAGAAAA